GGUUCCUUUCUUUGUCAAAAACUAUUUCUUUGGGGACUUGAGAGAGGGAAACGCAGAGGCGUCUGAGAACAAUGGUGGAGGAGGAACACAUUGCCGGAGACGCUCCAGCAGGGGAAGGGGGCGGCGCCGGGGGGAAGCUGAGGAGCAAGCGCCCGUCCCGUAGGCCAGCCACCCCUUACGACCGCCCGCCUCCGAAGCACCGUCCUCCCGCAUCUUCUUCGGCUGCAGAGAAUUCUCCCCACCCGCCCACCGGCGGCAGUUGGUUCUCCAAGCUCGUCGCCGAUCCGGCGUCCCGCCUUCUCGUAGGCGGCGCCAAUCGAUUGCUUUCUUCCGUGUUCAGCAAGCGCGCACACGCGCUCCCCCAGCCCCAGUGCGAGGUCACAAGAGAAGGAAGACUUGAUGAUUCAGCAGAAAUUUGUGAUGAUGUGCAAUGCAGGCCUGCAGAACAGGAAGACAUCAAUGAAGAGAUAAAAAAGGAUGCUGCAUCCACUAGUCAUGGACAUGGAGAAGGUUCAGAUGGUAACUGGUUGGCUGAGUUUGAGCAUCUACUGAAACAGAAAACGAUUUCCAGGGAUGAGUUCAAUCGCUUCUCAGAUUUCCUGCGAACAAGGACUAUUGAUCCUCCUGAAGGUGACAUGCACAAGAGUGAAAAUGCAACCAUGAUACGAAGGGCAGAACUAUCCCUAGGAAAUAGAGACUUACCUGCAGUUGAUAUCCACAAGAGUGAAAACACAACAAUUAGACGGGAGAUAGAACCACCACAAGCAAAUAGUCACCUGAUGAUUCCUCUUGAAAUGCCGAAGACAACUACAGAUGCUGGUGUGGUUGGGAGUGGAUCAACCCCUCUUGUUCCUUCACUUGUGCUUGAUGAUUCUUAUGCUUCACCAGCAGAAAUAGCAAAAGCCUAUAUGAGCAGAACAUCAGUGUAUGGCCCUGUUUCUCAGAGUCGGGUAUUCCAUGUUGAAAAAACUGCACUGGCUCCUAAAACUGUGACGCCAAAGAUAUCGAGGUUCUCACUUGCCCCAAAGUCGCCUACAUGCUGGCCAGGUGCCAUUAGACAGGAUGACCGCAGCUAUUUUACCCCUCAAACUCAAAGAAGCAGCAUUGGGCUUCAUAAAAUGGCUCGUACACAUUACGCUAAAUCAUUUCAACUGAGUGCUGAUGAGAAGGUCACCGGUGAGGGUGCUAGCACAAGAUUUGUACAGUGGGAGCCCUCUGGUACUCCUCUUACUGGUGGUAGUCAGGCAUUGAAGAGGAGGAUCCUGUUAGCAGACAAUGCCUAUGAAUCAGUUGGACCUAUUCGGAGGGUUCGACAAAAGUCUAUUGUGAUGAAUCCUCUGGAGGAAUCUAGUUCUUUGCUCCCUGCAGGGUCUAGUCCUCUAUUCUCUGGUUCAUAUAAUGGUAGGAGAUCCAGGCCAGCUUACAAGGAGAAGGAGAAAAUGGAAAAUGGUGGUCAUGAAAGCAGUCUCUUGAAUUUCCCUGUUGUGGAUGGCAAAGCAGAAAAACCUGGUGUUACUUCUCACUCUCUACCUUCAGAAUUUGAUAUAAGUGAAAAAAUAUCUAAGCACCUGGGUAGAAUGUUUCCAUCUCCAAAAGGUAAGAGCGUGGAGAUAAGUGGAUCGGGCAUAGGAGAUGCAGCUACAUCCACAAUGAUUACUAAAAACAAGGAAGACCUUGCAUCAGAUCUAAAAGGGAAAUAUGUUCAUACUGAGAGUCCAAGGCCUUUAAUUGGUCAAGUAGCUAUUCCAGAGACUACAUGGAAACCUAGCAACCACUUGCAGGCUUUGCCCGAGAUUGCGAAGGCUAAUGAAGAUGUUGGUUCAAGAAAUGCAUCUAUUCCAGUUUCUGCAUCAGUCUCUGGUGGCAUCACCAUCAGUCACGGCAAUUCAGAAAUUGGGACAAGAAAGCCAUUGAACCUUGAUAAGCAUUGUUUUCAAAGUUUUACACAUGAGGUGUCUGUCAAGCAGGACAAUCACAAGGAUGGACAGACCUCAAAAUUAGAGUUAACUGAUACAAAGACAGAGGCACAGACUCAUCUUCCAUUUUUGGGCAAAAGCAAUACUGUAAAUCAGAUGACGGCCAGUAAGACUGGUGAGAGAUUUUCGACACCAGCUGUUGAUGGGUCAGGAUUUACCUUUCCUAUUUCCUCAGCACCUGCGUUUUGUGAGCCACCUCCAACACCUACAAUGACUCCUUUGACGAUCCCAUCUUUCAGCUUUGGAUCAAAUUGUGUUGGAAAAAAUCUGGUUUUCUCAUUUAGCUCUUCUAGUACUUCUGAUAUUAGUACUACGAUUCCACAAUUCAAAUUUGGUACAGGGGAAGACAAAUUGUCCUUCAGCUCUGCCGUUGCAGCUCUGACAACCCUUCCAUCUUCACAGUCAACAGUGCUUGGAUCUCAGGAAAGGAUUAAGAAUGUGGGUAAAAGUUCGUCAGAGACAUCUCUGAUGUUUCCAAAGUUACCUACAUCAACUGCAGCUUUGGGUUCAGAUAACUCAAGCGCAAACCAGGCUUUUGGUACCUUUGCUUCUGGGUCUUCUCCUGUGGUUCCAUCUUUUCUCCCUAGUGCAGCCAAAGGCGCUUCACUUACCCCAUCACCAUUUCAAUUUAGCUCCUUCCAGUCUGGUUCUUCUAUGUCGAAUAGUACACAAGCUAGUUCCAUGCCUGCUCCAUUGUUUUCGUUUGGGUCAACUACGUCAAGUCAGGUUACUUUUGGUGGAUCAUCAGCUCCUGCAUUUGGAUUAACAAGACCUGCAUUUUCAUUUUCUUCUGCACAAAAUGCGUCAAAUUCUGCUUUAUUCGGUUCCAAGACAAGUGGCCCCUUCAGUAUUGCGUCAGCCCCCUCAACUCUUGCAAACGAGAAAGUCAACAAGUCAGCCCCCUCAACUCUUGCAAACGAGAAGGUCAACAAGGAAAAUAACAACACACAGGCAUCAGUUUCAGCACCACGGUUGUUUAAUACUCCAUCAAGUUCAGGUCUUGAGUCCCCUGCUGUACCAGUUUUUCAAUUCAGCAGCCCGGCAUCCAGUGGACAAGGAUUAUCAGAAGGUGUGUCGCCGCUGGCUUCUGGAGAUCAAACUGGUCGGAGGUUUAUCAAAAUCAAUCGGGAUAAAAUAAGGAGGAGAUAGAGAAGCUGGCAUAUCAUGUCCAAGUUCCUUGGGUUGCAUGUAUCAAGGGCUUAGGUGGAGUUGGCCUUUCUAGCCUGACACCGAGGAUCCUGAAGUCGACCACGACGUAAAUCAGUGGAAAGGGAAGUUCCAACAGAACUCCGGAGUGGUGAAAGAGUCAAUGGGGUUGCACCUGCAAGUGGUACGCCUGGUCAUCAGCAUCCCAUCGGUAUGAUAAGAAUUGUAUACAUGGAUUCUGAUUGUUGAAUAUUUCGAUAAAUUUUGUCUUUAUAGGCUUAUCUAGGUAAAUUCAGGAACUGUCCCUCUUGAUGUAAUGCGAGUGGAUGUUGGCAUUCGGACAGGCCAUUCAUUUGAGAAUCUAUCUUCAAGUUCUGG